AAAAUUACACCGUUGAAAUAUACUGUUUACCGGUUAAUCGAUAAAAACAGAGGUAUUUCGAUGAAUUAGUGUCUUCGAAAAUCCUAAUAAAGACUUGCUAAUUGCAACAGACUUAAAGAGCAAUUAAACAUUUGAAUGUAAAACUGCAUGGAUUUAUAUCAUUGAUAUUGGAGUGAUUUAUUUGAUUGUUUCAUUGGUAUACCAAAACCAUGUGGAUGCCAGCCACCAACAGCGAGGCUGUGAGACGCUGCCUGGACAUUCCCAUUCAGCCCAUGUCAAGUCAGAUUGCCCGACCAAUACCUCCACAGAAACCAAUACAGCCCAAACCUCCGUAUGCACUUGAUGGACAAGUCAAAGUUGCUCGGCCUUAUUCAGCCCCUCAAAGAAGAAUUGUAGCACCGUCUGAUCCCUGGCGAUCCAACAACUACGUUGAAAGUCGCACCCCACCUAGAGCACGGAGCUACUAUGUGAAUGAUGAAUACCCAAGGACACAUCCAUAUGCCUCCCGUCAGCGAGAAAACUUUGUGAAGAAGAAUUUUGGCUACCCGGAGGUCCAGCGAGGCAAGAGCACCCCCAUCCCUCCGUAUGAUGCCCUUGGGGACCACCACCUCAAUGAGUACUGGGAGAGACGCUUUGGAUCUAUACAGGCCAGCAGGAAGCAUGGUCGACCUGCAAGUGCGCUCAGCAACAGGUCAGGCUCCAGUAAAUCUGAUGGGCCUGUCGUGUACAAAGUCUGGGUCAUUACUGCUGAUAAGCCUAAUGCUGCCACAGACGCAAAGGUUUACAUUUCCAUAAAAGGGACAAAAGAUCGCAUAAAGCGUCAUCGACUCACAAAGAAAGCCGGUUCGGUCAAGUACAACAAAGCUGUGGCCUUCCGGUUUUCCCGAGGCUCCACUCAUAUGUUCAAACUGCACGGCCCUGAAUUGGGCAACAUCAAAUCCAUAGUUCUCGAGCAUGAUGGCAUCAAGAAGGAAGAUGGCUGGUUUGUGCAGGAAGUAGAAAUCAUGAACACGAAGCGAAAGAAGAGCUGGUAUUUCAUGUGCAACACAUGGCUGUCCUUACAUCACACAGAUGGGCACUCAAAGCGCGAGUUCUUCCCACAUUUGGGCUCAAAAACAGACUACGAAAUUGUGGUUGUCACUGGUGAUAAAGUUACGGCUGGGACAGACUCAAAUGUGUUUAUAACCAUCUACGGAAAGACUGGUGCCACAAAGAAAACCGCGCUGAAAAACACGAACAAGAAGAAACUCUUCCAGCAAGGCGACACAGACAUUUUUAAAUUUCACGACACAUGCGUUGGACCAAUGACAAAGAUUAAAAUAGAGCAUGACAACACCGGUGUUUGCCCUGGCUGGUACUUGGAAAGGGUGGUGGUGACUGACUUAAAGCACCCAAAGUUGAAGUACUAUUUCCCGUGUGGACAGUGGCUUGCCCGAGAUGAAGGGGACGGUGCAAUAUGCAGGACCCUUUUAGGGAGCAGGGAUCCGUUUGCCAUUAGGAAAGACACAAAGUACAAGAUCAGCGUCUUCACGGGUGACAAAGCAGGGGCAGGAACAGACUCCAAUGUUUAUAUCAUCUUAUUCGGUGAAAAUGGGGACUCCGGGGAAAAAUAUCUGGACAACAAAAAGAACAACUUUGAAAGAAAUAAGACCGACACUUUUGUGGUGGAGUCCCCAUGUCUUGGGCGCUUGGACAGAAUUCGUAUUGGUCACGACAACUCCGGCUUUGGUCCUGGGUGGUUUCUAGAAAAGGUGAUAAUUGAUGACUGUGAUAACUCUAUCACAUACACAUUCCCGUGCAAUCGAUGGCUAGCAAAAGACGAGGAUGACGGACAGAUUUUCCGUGAUCUGGUUGCUGGCAUCGGCGCCACUGAAGCAUUUACAGGCUUUCCAUACGUCAUCACCGUGAUGACAGGUGACAAGGCCAAUGCAGGAACCGACGCCAAAGUGUUUGUGAUCCUGCACAACGGCAAAAAGAAGCAGGACAGCGGCAAGGUGUGGUUGUCAGACCGCAGCUUCAAGCGUGGCAUGACGGAGAUCUUCACCAUCAACCUGCAAGCCAUGCUGAGCCCACUGACCAGCCUCGAGAUCGGACAUGAUGACAGUGGCAUCGCAUCAGGCUGGUACUGUGACCAGGUGAUCGUGUACUGUCCAAAUACUGGCAUUGAGCAGUUCUUCCCAUGUAGAAAAUGGCUGUCGAAAUCUGACGGUGAUUUUUUGAUACAAAGAACACUGUAUGAGGACACAGGCCGAAGAAAAACAAAAGAGAAAAAAGACACAUGGAACGUAUGGGUGAAGACAAGUGAUGUGAGCAACGCUGGAACUGAUGCCAAUGUGGUAAUAUGCUUGUAUGGCAAGAAGGGUAAAUCUGAGGAAAUCCCCCUUGAUAACAAGGGAGAUAAUUUUGAGAAAGGAAAGGUGGAUCUCUUCAAGGUGAACAUUCAGGAUGUUGGGCUGCCCUACAAGCUGAGGGUGUACCAUGAUGACAGUGGUCGGGCGGCAGGCUGGCAUCUGGACAGGAUCAAUAUAGAAAACAUCAGUACUAAAGAGAAAUUUGAAUUCCUCUGCAAUCGAUGGCUGGCAGUUGGGGAAGAUGACGGCUCAAUCGUGAGGGAACUUCCCGCCACUGGACCUGGCAUCAAGAAUCCUUUACCUUUGGAUAAGUACGUUAUUCAGGUGUUUACUGGAUCCCGGAGCAUGGCAGGCACCAACGCGAAUGUUUACAUCAACAUCUUCGGUGAACGGGGUGACACUGGCAUUAGAUUCUUGAAGAAAUCUCAAAACUUCGAUAAAUUUGAGAAGGGAAAGAUGGAUGAAUUCACCAUCGAGGCAGUGUCAGUGCUGAAGCUGACCAAGAUCAGGAUAGGGCAUGAUGGGAAGGGUGCGGGUGCAGGCUGGUUCCUUGACAAGGUCAUCGUCAGGCAGGCGGGCGAAAAGAAAUUUGAACAGGAGUUCAUCUGCCAAAGAUGGUUAGCAGAGGAUAUGGAUGAUGGACUUAUAGAGCGGGAAAUCACGUGUUCUGGAACACAGAUGUUGUCCACAACAUCGUACCACGUCCAUGUCAAGACAGGGGACGUGGCCAAUGGUGGUACAGACGCAAACGUCCAUCUGAUCAUGUAUGGUGACAAGGGAGACACUGGAAAGCUGAUGCUGCGCCAGUCUGACAGCUAUCGAAACAAGUUUGAGCGCGGGAAGACUGACACUUUCAAGCUUGAAGCAACAGACAUCGGGAAGAUCAAGAGAAUCAAGAUCGGUCAUGACGGUACAAAUCUGGGGGCCAGCUGGUUCCUGGACAGCGUGACAAUUCUGGUCCCCAGCCGCGGGGAGCAGUACUUGUUUGCCUGUCACAGGUGGCUGGGCAAGGACGAGGCAGACGGCCUGCUGGAGAUUGAGAUGGAACCAGCUGAGGUCGGCAACAUGGACAAAACUAUCCCCUAUGAGGUCACUGUGUGGACCGGGAAUGUUCAAGGGGGCGGAACAGACGCCAACGUCUUUCUGCAGAUGUAUGGGCCUGAUGGUAAAACAGAAGAAAUUGCACUUCGAAACAAGACAGACAAUUUUGAGCAAGGAAUGUGUGACAAAUUUAAGAUCGAGGCACCAGACAUUGGGAGGAUCCUCAAGGUCAGAAUAGGGCAUGAUGGGAAAGGAAUGAUGUCAGGAUGGUUCCUUGAAAAGUUGCUGAUUCAACGUCGACCCAGGAAAGGCACCAAGAAGUUCCGCCCCCGUUCUUCCUCAUCUGGUCGCAGUGACCCAGACAAGCGAGUUGCCUCUUCACGCAUGGGUGACCUCUCAGACUCAGAUGACUCAGACAUCAGUAGCGUGUCACAGUCAAGGAGGCUUCAGCGAAAAAUGAAGACCCCAAAACAGAGCCUGAAAACAGUUCAAGAGGAGACUGAUGUGUACGACGGAGACGAGACCGAGGACUACUUCUUCUUUGUAAAGCGUUGGUUUGCACGCAGUGAGGAUGACAAGCAGAUUGUGCGAGAACUUAUCCCCACCGAUGAGUCCGGAAGACCUCUGAAAGGCGGGCUGGAAGAGACGGUGUAUAAUGUUCACAUAUUUACCGGAAACAUAUCCGGAGCAGGGACAGACUCAAACGUGUUCCUAAACAUCUACGGUCAGAAUGGUGAUACGGGUGAACGGGAAAUGAAGGACUCAUCAACCCAUGGGAACAAGUUUGAAAAAAAUCAGGAGGAUGUCUUCACAAUGAAGGCGAUUGAUCUUGGUAAAUUGCUCAAGCUUAAGAUUCGUCAUGACAACUCAGGCGUCGGCUCAGCAUGGUUCCUCGAUCGUGUGGAAGUAGAAGACACGAGAAACAAGAAAACGUACUUCUUCCCAUGCCAACGGUGGCUCUCCACAAAGGAGGAUGACGGUCAGAUCAGUCGAGAACUGGUGCCAGUUGAUGCGAGUCUGAAAAACAAAUUGACCAGACAGGACUCUAUGGCCAUACGCAAGGAAAUCGCCUUGGAAACGAAAGCUGCCAUGCAGACUUAUCACGUGAAGGUGUUCACUGGAAAUGUGUUUGGAGCAGGAACAGAUGCUAACGUCUUCUGCAUACUGUUCGGAGAAAAGGAUGACACUGGCCCAGUUCUGCUCAAGGCCUCUAAGACAAACACCAAUAAAUUUGAAAGGGGCAACACAGAUGAAUUUGUGAUAGAAGCCGUAAACAUCGGGGAUCUUAAGAAAAUCCGCAUCGGCCAUGACAACAAGGGUGGUGGUGGAGCCUGGUUCUUGGACAAGGUCAUUGUGGAGUGCCCUGCCCUUGGACGGAAUUGGACCUUCCAAGCCAAUCGGUGGCUGGCGAAGGAUAAGGCCGAUAACCAAUUGGAGGUGGACCUGUAUCCACAAGAGCUAGCCACUCAGGAAUACAUGAAAUGCAUUCCUUACGAGAUUAGAACAUUCACAUCUGACAAGUCGUCUGCCGGAACAUCUGCCCAUGUUUAUAUUCAGCUUUAUGGCAAGGAGAUCUGCACGCAGCAGAAGAACCUGUGUAGCAGCAAACAUGAGCGCAAGGACAAGUUCCAACGCGGGCAAGAGGACCUGUUUGUACUAGAAUUGGAGGAUGUUGGUGACACGAUAGAGAAGAUUCGUAUCGGCCAUGACAACGCUGGAAUCGGGCCAGGAUGGCAUCUAGACAAGGUCAUCAUACGACGUCUGCAUGAAUCUGGGAAGGGCUUACAAAGAGUCCAGGGUUCGAUCACAUACACAUUCCCGUGUAAUCGCUGGCUGGCACGAGAUGAAGAUAAUGGGGCCAUCGAGCGAGAGCUGGUAGCAGAAAAGGCGAUACAAGAAGUAAUGAAGAACGGGGAGGUGCAAACGAAAGAAGUGAAGCUUCGUGAUAAACUGGAAAAUAAGACCUACACAGUCAAGGUAAAGACUGGCGACAAAUCAGGGUGUGGAACAAACGCCAACGUGUUCCUCACCAUCGCAGGUGAUAAGGGCGAUACAGGCGAGCGCAAAUUGGCAAAGUCCGAAACACACAUGGACAAGUUUGAAAGGAACCAGGAAGAUGUCUUUAAGAUUGAGGCGGCAGACCUUGGCAAGAUUUAUAAGAUCCGAGUCCGCCACGACAACUCUGGGUUCAGCCCUGCCUGGUACCUGGAGAAAGUUGAGAUCAUUGAUGACAAGGAUCCCCGGCAGCAGUUUCUGUUCUACUGCGAACGCUGGCUGGCCAAGAAUAAGGAUGACAUGAAAAUAGAGCGAUCAUUUUAUGUGAAGGGCUAUGAUGGGGAGAUGUCAAGCACGGGCACUCUGCGCUCAACCAAAUAUGGCUCUGUAGCGAGUCUGGAUACACUCAGCUCCGAUCCGUUUUCUAAGAGUCCGGUACUUUCCAGAAAGCAACUUAGCAUGGACAACAUACCAGAAGGUCCCACUAUACCAUACACUAUACGGGUUACAACUGGUACUGGAGAGGACAAUGGAACAUCCAGUAACGUCUGGAUCAAGAUCGUAGGACCAAAGAAGAAGGACACUGGUCAGUUGUUCUUGGAGCUGGCACAGAAAGACCACUUUGCGCCUGGUUCUACUGAGAUAUUUUCUAUUGAAGCUGUUGAUGUUGGUGAAGUCAAGAAACUGGAGGUGGGUCAUGACGGCACUGCACCAGGGUCUGGUUGGUUCCUAAAGGAGAUCGAAGUUGACAUCCCAACAAAGGGAAAGCACUACACCUUUGCCUGCAACCAGUGGCUAGCGCGCGACAAGAGCGAUGGAAAGACCAGCCGUGUGUUCAGCGUUGAUGAUGGAAUCAGCUCUGUGUCUUCAUACAAACCAUUGAUCGCCUAUGAGUUGACAGUGAUCACUGGCGACAUAGAAGAGGCAGGUUCCGACCAGAAGAUCACCAUCACUGUGUUCGGGGCCAAGGGGCAAACAACUCCGCAGGUGCUUGAAAAAUCAGGGGACAGGUUUGAAAGGGACAGAGCAGAUCUCAUUAAGCUAGAACUCGAAGACGUGGCCCCCAUCAAGAAAAUGAGAAUUGAGACCGAUGGUAAAGGGAGCAGACCAGACUGGUAUUGUGAAAAGGUUGAACUACGCAACAUGGCAACAGGCCAGCUCACUGUUUUUGAAGUGAAAGGCUGGUUCAGUAAGAAGAAAGGAGAGUUGAUACGUGAUAUCCCAGCGAAGGAACGUGGAAAGCUGGCUGUUGACAAAACAAAUUACAAGAUCAGUGUAAAGACAUCAGAUGUUCCUGGCGCAGGCACGGAUGCCAAUGUUUUUGUAAUCCUUUUUGGUGACAACGGGGAUUCAGGCGAGAUCCAUUUGAAGAAAUCCGAGACUUACAAGGAUCCAUUCGAGAAUAACCAGGUUGAUGUGUUCACGAUCAACAACAUUCUAAGCCUUGGGGAGCUGUCAAAAUGCCGAGUUUGGCACGAUAACAAAGGUUUAGGUGCAGCCUGGCAUCUGGCUUAUAUUGAAGUGGAGGACAUAGGAACCAGAAAGUCAUACAACUUCCAAUGUAACAAGUGGCUCUCCAAGUCCGAGGAUGACAAGCAGAUCCUCCGAGAGCUCACGUGUGCCUCCUCAGCCAAGGGAAGCAACUCUUCUGACUCGAUAACUUACGACAUAGAAGUCAAAACAUCCGACAAGAAGGAAGGAGGGACAAUUCAUAAUGGCUGGAUUAUCCUUGAGGGCGAUAAGAAAACAUCAAAAGUCUUCAAAUUGGAAAACAGUGCUGCUAACAAAAUACUACGCAAGGGCAAUGUGGAUAACUUCCAGUUUGCGUCCCCAGCCCUUGGUGACAUUGAGGCCUGCAUCGUGGGGGCCUAUGAGAGAGAGGACAACCCCCUUGGAGCCACAGAGGGAAGAAAGGCUGAGUGGCACUGCUUUGAAAUCUCCGUCACCGACCCUGUAAAGGGAAAAAAGUAUGUGUUUCCAUGCAAGGACUGGAUCCCUGUCAGUGAGCGGCUCAACAAGCGUACAGGCAAGAGACUGCAGGCGAAAAAAGUGGAGGAAAGUCAGACGGCAGUCAUCAGAAACCUAGCGCCUGUGAAGUACGAACUGGUUGUUUACACUGGAGACAAGUUUGGUGCGGGUACGAACGCCAAUGUGUUUGUAACGCUGUAUGGAGAAUACGGGAAUACCGGCAAACGGGCACUUACACAAACCCUUCGAGACUUGUUCGAGAGAAAGCAGAUUGACAAGUUCACCAUAGAGGCCGUAGAUUUGGGCCCUCUGGAGAAGCUACAUGUGGAGCAUGACAACAGCGGCUGGCGCCCCAAGUGGUACCUUGAGAAGAUCGAGGUGGUCAACCUGAGCACAAACACCACCACCCUGUUCCCAUGUGAGAAGUGGCUGGACAAGGACAGUGGCGAUGGACAGAUUGAACGAGACCUCUACCCACAAGAUUCCUAACCAUUUACAAUUAAUAUACAAACUUUGAUGUGUUUGCAGUCCCUUAGAAAAUCAAUGAAAUUUAAGACCUUUCUUACUAGAUUAAAGUUUUCAAGCCUUCAUUCACAAACCCAUUUAUACUGAUGAGCAGCAAACAGCAUAUAAUCUGAUCAGACGGUGUGUUACCCGCAGGCUGUUCUCGCUUUAUGCUUGUUGCAUAAAGCAAUUUUCAUAUUGCUUCUGUGGGGGAAAGGAUUGAAGGGACCUUUUCACAUGUUGAUAAAUUGACAAAAUUGAAAAAGAAAUGUUUCAGAUAGGCACGUUUAUGUUGAAGUUAUGUUUUUUUGCAAGGAAACAGUAAUGCUCAUCCUUUACCAUGCUCUAAAAUAUACAUUUUAUGUAUCUUUUGACGAUUUGAAAACCUGGAAAUGAAAAGGCGUUGUUAUAGUUAUAUUUUGAGACAUUACGAGGAUUGCUGAUAUAAAGUACAAAAUACCCGUAGUUUUAUGUCAGCACACAUGGCUGAGUGGUUUAAGUGUUAGACUUUCACUCUAAGGAUCAGUGGUUCGAGCCCAGAUGCAAUUUAAUAUUUACUCUUUCUUUAAUUGUAUUUUUGUUGCAUAGUGGAGAUUUUAUGUUUCGAUGUUUACAUUUAUCAAUUAAAAGCAUUUAAUGAAAAACUUCAAAACAUGCCAAAAUCAGUGAAAAGGUCCCUUCAAUAAUAUUAGGUUAAAAGAAGUGUGUAAACAAAGAUGCUCCCAGAUAAAGACAUAUUGAGGCAUUGUUCAGCAACAGGAGUCAUGAUUUUUAUGGUUUUAAAUCAUGAUAUAGGAAUGAAGGAAUAUUGUUCCGGUAGCCAUUACAGUUUGCUAAAUACUAUGACAUGUGGUCAUUUUGACAAGCUCUGGUUUAUUAUGGAUAUAGGAAGUUAUGCUUAAAAUAUAAAUAAUCAGAUAUAAUAGAAUGUAGCCCCUACCCCGGAUAUUAAACUUGAUGCUCAUUAGGAAGUUGUGUCUUGACUUCAAAGAUUGCAUGUUUUUGUUUUGGAUGAAUUGUGCCACUCUAAAAUGCAUUUGUGAUCUCUAGUUUCCUAUAAUGAAAGAAAUGAGAUGCCUUAGGAUAAAAAACUAGUUAAUUACUUAUGUAAAGAAAUCAUGGAUUCGGAUGCCAAAUAUUUAUUUUUAAUUGUAAAAUGAACAUUAAAAUAUAUACAUUUGCCAUAUGAUAUUUAAUAUGACAGGAUCCAAUAAUAUUCAUUACUGAAUUACACUGCAUGCAGUGAGAAAUUUAGGACGAUACUUUCAAUUCACAAGAACUUCCAUGAUCAAUAAUACUCCAAAUUAAAGUCAUGCAGUUCAUAAUACUCAGUUUUUAUGUCUUCUUUACUCUUCCAAUGUUUGCUUUUUCUUUCCUUAAGUCAUCUAUCAAAACAUGUUUGUGGUUGGGAUUUAAUUCUGUCUCUCAUUGUAAGUUUGCCGCAAGUAUCACUUGUUCAGUUCUGACAAUAAGAAUCGGAUCUAAAAAUAUUUUACCAAGGUUUCAAAUUUUCUACAGUGAGAACAUUGUAAUUGUUGCCUUUGCUUAGUUCAUCAGUUUAUUUCUGUUGUACAAUUUCCCAGUUUUAUGCCAGCAAAACUUUUAGCAAUCUUGUAUUUAUUAUACAAAGAACUUGGCAAAUGGUAUGCAAAAUGUAAUCGAAAGGCUAUACAAGUCUAGUUGUGUGUUGGGUACAAAAUGAAUGCAUUUCGUCAUCUUCUCAGUUAUGUAACACACACAUACUUUUAACAAAAUAACUUUUUAAAAAUAGUUUAUAGCUUAGAUAGUUGUUUAGAACUUAAGUAUAUAUAUUAUACACAAAUGUGCUAUUGAUAAUUACACAUAUUUAUUGUUUUAUUUAUCCUAAUGAUAUCCCAGAAUUUGUAUUAUUUUGUCUGAAAGCAAAGCACGCUAGUAUCAAUUGUUUUAUAGGAAGUUUCUUUUUCAAUUUGAAUGUUUGGAACCACGGAUUAAAUGAGUUUUAAUGUUUUACAAAUAACUGUGGCUUUUAAAUUGAACUGAACUCAAUGCCUAGAACAAAGGCAUUCAUUCAGAACACAAGUGUGAUUAAUAUGUAAGGGGUUGUUCUACAUGUAAAUACAAACAAGAAUGUUAUGUGCAGCUAGCCAUCAUGUUACUUAAUUAUUAAAAUUCUGGUUCCGUAUUAGUUGACAAUUCCAUUAAACAUUUUUUGCUUACUUGCUUUUUUUAUAUUAAUUACCUGCAUUAUUAUUUCAAUCAUUAUUUUGUUCAAUGACGCAAACUGUUUAUUUUUUGACAAUUUGCCAGAAAAAAGUAUAAAUUAAGGCAGACUUUUAUUUAUUUAUGUUUAUCUCUGAUUAUUUUGUUCUGCCUAACUUUGCAUUUGCACCCAUUUUACGGGCAUUAAAGGAAUUUGCAGAGAGAUAUUUAUGAUUUGAUGCUGAAUGUUUGUGAAUGUAUUCAGGCAACAUGCCAUAAUUGCGGAAAAAUUCAACAUCUAAAAAAAAAGCAUUUUCUAGCUGAACUUUUGUAGAAUGCUAAUAGCUUGAUACAACCAUGUAUUUUAUUAAUAUUGCACAAUUAAAUCAAACAAUUACUGAUAUAUAUGUAUUCAGGCAUUGAAAUAACCUUAUAUGUGGAUUAUAUUUCAUGUUAAUUUGCAUGUUUUACAGAUAGAUGUAUUUCUCAUGUACAAGUUAUUUUAACAAGAAUAGUCAUGAUUGUGUUUUUCUUGUUGUAUAUAGUUUUAUUAAUUUUGUUUAAAGCAAGCUUCAACAGAAUGAUGUACUUCAAUCUGCUGCAUGUUCUAUGAUUUGUUAUUAUUAAACAAUUUAUCCAUUAUUUUUUGUAUUAUCAUUCAUUGCCUUUAAUAUACGGUAGAUGGGGAAAUAAGAAAUAUUUUUUAACUGUGAUUUCUUAUGAUUUGUGUAAAUUGUGUUUACUUUUGUUACAAAUCUACAACAUUAUUAUGUAUUGAGCUGCCCUAACUACAAUAAUUAUUUUGACUUAAUUAAUAUUUUAUUUUACCAAGAAAAUAUACAAACACACACACACACACACACACACCUCAAAUGCAGUUCACUGGUAUCAUUCUAGAUUGCCUGACAGUGUUUCAGAGGACAAUCUUAACCAAUUCUGUGAUAUAUGUAUUUAUUUAUUAGGUAAUUCUACAGAUCUUGUAGUACAUAAACAUUUAGUACAAAAAUAAGUUAUUGUUUAUUGAUAUUCCUUUUCUAUGUAUGCACAUACAUAUCUUUGUUUUAUAUAUUUAUAUCAUGACACACCAGGUUUUAUAUUUAUGAAGUGUCGUACCAGUGGAUAUAAAUCAUUUAAAUGUGCAUGUUAACCAGCACAUGAUGAUGACAGAUAAAAUGUCUUUAUAUAUUUUUUAUUUAUUAUAGUAUUUGCAUUUUUAACUAUAACAGCCUUUAAUGAAUGCCUUAACUACAUUCCUAGCAAAGCAUCCUCUAUAUCCCAGCUGUGAAGUUCAUGAAGAUGUAUACAUGUACAAAUAGGCUCAAUCAUCCCAUUUCUUGAUUUGAUAUUAAUAUUUUUAUAACAUAAUAUAUAUUUGCCAAUCUAAUUUUACUGUGAUUUAACAACUAGACAUGACAUUUAUAUUUAAACUAUUAUAGACAAGACCUUUUAAGAUGUAUAACAUUGACUUAUCAAUUGCAUGAAGAUAUACAUAUUUAUUAUAAAUAUAGUAGAAUGUUUCUCUUGUGAUUUUUAUUUUAACAUUCAGCAAGCAACUGUCAUUCUUUUACCUUAAUAAAUAAUUGUAGAAACUCA